AUGGAUGAAAUAUCUCUUUUCCCCCCCACUGAAGAAAGGUCCAAGGUUGUUCUGAUUCCCCAUUCGCACAAUGACCCGGGAUGGGGUUGGACAUUUCGCCAGUACUUUGACCAACGAACCAAGUUCAUUUUGGACAACGUGGUACAGUAUGUCGAACAAAAUCCAAGGCGAAGAUUCAGCUGGGUUGAGAUUUCAUUCUUGUCAUUAUGGUGGGAGCAAGCAACAGACAGUAUGAAAACGAGGUUCAAAAAACUGGUCGAUGCAGGUCAAAUUGAAUUCCUAACUGGCGGCUGGGUUAUGGAAGACGAGGCAAACACUCAUUUAUACGCUAUGAUUGACCAGGUUAUUGAGGGUAACGAUUUCAUUAAAACACACCUCAACGCAACUGCCCGCUCAGCUUGGUCCAUUGACCCUUUCGGACUAAGUUCGACAAAUGCAUACUUACGAAAGCAAAUGGGCUUUGAAAAUAUGGUGAUUCAGCGUGCACAUUAUCUCGUUAAAAAGUACUUGGCGUCCAAUCAGAAGUUAGAGUUCCGAUGGCGCCAAAAUUGGGAUAAGGGUUCGUCCACUGAUAUCCUGACGCAUUUGAUGACGUUUGCAAAUGCGUAUAACUUCCUUGACACUUGUGGCCCGGACCAGCAUGUCUGCUGUCAGUUUGAAUUCACUCAGCUUUCCACAGGAUCGCCGAGCGGAUGUAAGGCAUACAAGCCGAAAGCUGUUACGCAGAUUAAUGUGGCUGAACAGGCACUGAUGAUUCUGGACCAGUACAAGAAGAAAGCCCAAGUGUACAAAUCCAAUGUCGUCUUAGUCGCAGCGGGCGGCGACUUCUAUUACCAGAAACCGAAGGAGCUGGAAGCAAUGUUUGAGAACCACGAGAGGAUAUUCGACUACAUUAACUCGCACCCUGAGUUGAAUGCACAUGUACAGUGGGGAACUCUAAGCGAGUUUUUUGACCUGGUCAGACAACGAAUGGGACCAGAAGAGUUUCCAUCACUCAGUGGAGACUUCUUCACCUAUUCGGACAAAGAAGACGCCUAUUGGUCAGGUUUCUACACUUCGCGUGCUUUUUACAAGAAACUAGAUAGGGUUCUGGAGUCCCGACUCAGGGCUGCUGAGAUUGCGUUCUCAAUAGCUAACUUCAUGGCGCCUGCUUCCAAGUCAGAAUCUGGUGUCUGGAAAAAUGUUUCCAGCUAUCUGCUGGACAAAUUGACUGUUGCGAGACGGAAUUUGGGUCUGUUUCAGCAUCAUGAUGGCAUAACUGGUACAUCAAGGGUAAAGAUCAUGUUGUGGCGGAACGCCGAUGAAGUCAUUUCAAGGUCAGUCGAGUUCCUUGUGUCCGGACCCUCACACGACAAACAGAAUAUUCUCGAAGUCGACGAAACACGCGAUAAACAUGACUCCAUGCCGAGUAGAAAAGUACAGUCUGUGGCGGGGCUAGAAGAGGGCAAAAUGAUAUCUGUCUUGUUUUACAAUUCGCUUGGAAUACAAAGACAGCAACUAGUUUCCAUAAUCGUGGAUUCGCCACAUGUUCAGGUUCUCUGUAGCAAAGGAAAUCCAGUGGCAUCUCAAGUGUCUCCCGAAUGGAGCAACAAGAAUCUGUCCCUAACUAUGGAACCGAACACUUUCGAUCUAUGGUUCACAGUCGACAUGGAUCCUCUUUCGGUGUCUACAUACUACUUGAAGCGAAGCAAUACUACAAAAACCAGUUCAAUAUCAAUGACCAGAAUUUUCACAUUUAGUGCCACCGAGAAAAUUGAUAGAAGUUUCCCAAAUAAUGGAUUCCUAAUAGUUGAAGCAGAUCCGAAACCAUUUGAGCUUUCGAACUACCUUUAUAACCUGUCAUUCGGCGAGAAUGGCCUGCUCAAGUCGAUUCAAGACCGAAACACUCUACGAUCUACUCGAAUCGAAUUGUCUUUUGUGGGCUAUGGAGUGGACAGGGGAGGCUCCUACCUGUUCUACCCCAAAGACGAGGGCCAGCAAGUGCCAUCUUUGCGCCCUCCUGUUGUAGUUGAGAAGGGACAGCUGUUCAGUCGUAUGCAAGCCAGACAUUACAACCCCAAAUUGCCUCUUCAGGCCAGCUUCUACCCCAUGCCAUCACAGAUGAUAAUCAACAGCCAUAGUGGACUCCUCAGGCUCUCUCUGCACUCAGCACAGGCCAAUGGGGUGGGCAUGACUUCAUCAGGUCAAGUGGACAUUGUACUCGACAGAAGACUCAUGCAGGAUGACUUGCGGGGACUAGGGCAGGGCGUAAAAGAUAACAAAUUGACCCCGAAUGACUUCUGGAUUAUGCUGGAGACGUUUGAUUCCACAGAAGCACAGCAUUCCUCUGCAAAUGUCGAUGCCUCGGACUACACGAUACAUCCAACUGUUCUGUCCUUUCAGACUAACUUGGCCUUGAACAGCCCAAUCAUCCCUCUUGUGCAUUUAGCCAACCAAAGUCAUUCUUCCAUUGCAGAAGUCUCAUCAGCUAGAGGGUUCAAAGGUCAGCCGCAUAUGUUUCUACCGUGUGAUGGGCUGUCGUGCAAAAAUGGAUUCUCUGACUAUCAUCUGCCGACAAAUUGCCUACACACGCAUGGAAUUAUAGAACUAUCUGCACUCUUCAAAGGGUCUUCCGGAAACUCACUUCAGUUCACAGAGUGUACUUUGAAUGGGAUCCAUAAAAAGAAAAACGGCGCUGAACGCGCUGUGCAUAUUGAUCCAAUGAGUAUCAAGACAUAUCAAGUAACAGUUUAA